AUGUGGUAUCGUUAUGUAGGAGGACAGCGGGAAAAAUUCACCAAUGACGACACUUGGAGACAGUCGACAAGACCUCCAGUUGAUGAUACCUACAUUAUCGGCUCUUCUAAUACAUCAUUUAAAAACUCUCAGCUGCUUGUACAAGUCCACGUUCCUGCUCUCAUCGCAGACGAGAUGGGCACAAAUUUGAGCAAACUGCGUCCACAUCCCAAAGUCCAGGUCGUUGAGAUGGUGAAAGUGAACAAAUCCUGCCAGGUACAGACCACCCUGUCUGAAUGCGUGUCGUCCAUAGGUGAGAAGGCGGUGGUAGUGGUGGAAACGGUCUCACGGUUGGUGGAAACCGAGUCAACAGAGCUGACAUCCCUAUGGAGUAAAGUGGAGGAGAAGAAAGAGUCGAAAUCGGUGGAAUUUGCAAUUCCUAUUGACACUAUUGUGCCCCGACACAGACUCCUCCUAAACGAGGAGGUUCGGGAGAGUUGUGUUGAACCACACAACAGCAACAACAAUAGCUACAUUCCCAUUGUGGAUGUCACGAAUGCUUUCGGUGACGCAAAAGAAGUGAAACAACCACCUCCACGAAAACGCUCCUUCAAUACUGUUCUUGAGCGUCGAUUUUGGAUCCCCGUGGCACUUGCCCGUGUCUUCUCCGACACUCGUGAUCGUCGUCUGGAGUCCAUAGCUCGAUUGAGUGAUUGUAAGAUCACUCUCUCGCCUCAAGUAAAGAAGAAUGUGGUGGGAGAUGUGGGUCGUAUCGCGACGGUAAGAGCAGAGAAUAAACGGGGUUUAGACAGAAUAUGUGAUGAGUCAUCGAGAAUGGAAACUUCUAGAAAGUUGGACGGGAAGUUUUGCCUGGGCAGAGCUGGGGGGGGGGGGACAGGUCUCCGGGACUGGACUGCUGUCGGUCAAUCGGAUCGAAAAGCGGGAGGAACAAAGAGACCCAACAGAGCUAAAGGUGAAAGGCGAUUGCGUGUAAGCCAUGCUUCCACCAGACUGAAAGAUCGGCCGACAUGCUUCAAAGACGAAGGCGCAUGGCACGCUCAACGACGAUCAGUUACUACUCUCUGGCCUUCACCUUUUCCAAAUGAAAUAUAA